AUUGGAUUUCUCCGCGGAAACUCCACGUAUGUUGUCAAACUUUUCUGCCGGACGCCACAAAACAUUUUAAUCCCAAAAAUCUCGGAAUUUCUCAUUAAAUCUGUGCAAAAAUACCCCCAUUUGUGGCACCUACGGCCCCAGGAGAUGCACCUGUGAGUGUUUUAUGAGUAAAAGACAGAAAUAAACAUGAGUUUCUCAAGCGAUGAAGUAAACUUCCUGGUGUACCGCUAUCUCCAAGAAUCAGGAUUCCACCAUUCAGCGUAUACAUUUGGGAUUGAAUCGCACAUAUCGCAGAGCAACAUAAAUGGGGCUGUUGUACCAUCAGCUGCCCUCCUGACGAUGCUCCAGAAGGGGCUAAAGUACACAGAAGCUGAGAUUAGUGUCGAUGAGGAUGGGAAUGUGCAUCGUCUCACUGAAGGACUCACACUUAUUGAUGCCGUCAUGCCGGAAGUGGUGGCUAUUCGACAGAAUUUGCACAAUCAGCAAAAGCAAGCGAUAAAGACGGAACCCACGAGUGGGGGUGAAACGAAUGGCGAGGAGUCCGCAGUUGCCGCAGCUCCGGCACCUCCUGACACCAUGGAAGUGGACCAGAGUAUUGAGAUUCCCGCCUCGAAGGUCACGGUACUGCGUGGACAUGAGAGCGAAGUAUUCAUCUGUGCAUGGAAUCCAAGUACAGAUCUCCUUGCAUCUGGAUCGGGUGAUAGUACUGCGCGCAUCUGGGAUCUUUCGGACAAUUCGACCAGCCCGGAUCAGCUGGUGCUGCGUCAUUGUAUCCAGAAGGGCGGCACGGAGGUACCCAGCAAUAAGGAUGUAACAUCGUUGGAUUGGAAUUGCGACGGUACCCUCUUGGCAACGGGCAGCUAUGACGGAUAUGCGCGCAUCUGGACAACUGAUGGGCGUCUCGCGAGUACUCUGGGCCAGCACAAGGGUCCCAUCUUUGCGCUAAAGUGGAACAAGCGUGGCAAUUACAUUCUCUCAGCUGGUGUGGAUAAGACAACAAUAAUUUGGGACGCAUCAACGGGACAAUGUACGCAACAAUUCUCCUUCCACUCAGCUCCUGCCCUGGAUGUGGAUUGGCAGACUAAUACAUCCUUUGCCAGCUGCAGCACAGACAUGUGCAUCCAUGUGUGCAAAUUGCAUGCCGAUAAGCCCAUCAAGUCCUUCCAGGGGCACACAAAUGAGGUGAAUGCCAUCAAAUGGGAUCCACAGGGGCAUCUCCUUGCCUCCUGCUCCGACGACAUGACCCUCAAGAUUUGGUCAAUGAAGCAGGAUACGUGUGUGCAUGACCUACAGGCACACUCAAAGGAGAUCUACACAAUUAAGUGGUCCCCAACUGGCCCUGGAACUGCAAAUCCCAACAUGAACCUCAUCCUGGCCAGUGCCUCAUUCGAUUCCACCGUACGCCUGUGGGAUGUUGAGCGUGGUGUGUGCAUUCACACGCUCACAAAGCACACGGAACCCGUGUACUCAGUUGCAUUUAGUCCCGAUGGGAAAUUCCUCGCAUCCGGAAGCUUUGACAAAUGCGUCCACAUUUGGAGUACACAGACGGGGCAACUGGUGCACAGCUACAAGGGCACCGGGGGCACAUUUGAGGUUUGCUGGAAUUCACGUGGCAGCAAAGUGGGCGCUAGUGCAUCCGAUGGGAGUGUUUUUGUGUUGGACUUGAGGAAAUUGUAGAAGAGUUUAGAAGGUGGCCCAUCAAGGUCCCCCACACCCGAUAGCGAUUUUUUCUAUAGUGACUAGUGCUGGGGGCUCUAUCUUCUUCUUCUUUUGCUACCAUUUUCACCACCCCCACACACAGCAACAACAUUUUUGGCAUAUUCCGGAAGCAACAAAAACUGUAGGCAGAAGAGAUUUCCGAAGAGCAUCAAGAACUUUUUUUUUCUUAUUUUAUUACAUUUUUUAACUCAUAAAUGCGCCUGAUUUGUAAAGAAGGUUGACAAAAUAAAGAUAGUAUGUUCAAUCUAA